AUGGGUAUCUUCUUAUGGAUUGGCAAAGAAUCAAAUCAGGUGGAGAGGAAGGAGGCGUUGGCAACAGCUCAAGAAUAUCUGCAGACCCACCCCAGCGGGAGGGAUGUUGAUACCCCCAUCCUCAUAGUCAAGCAAGGUUUCGAGCCCCCCAACUUCACAGGGUGGUUCUUGGCUUGGGACCCAUACCGAUGGAGUGAAGGAAAGACAUAUGAACAGCUGAAGAAGGAACUGGGAGAUGCAGCCAAUAUCGUCAGAAUCACAGCGGAGUUGAACGACGCAUCCUUGGGGCUCCAACGUUCCAAAAAUAGCGCCUGCCAAACCUACCCGCUGGAGAUUCUUUUGGGUUGCUGUGAUGAACUACCGGAAGAUGUGGACCCUGCGAAGAAAGAGGAUUUCCUCUCGGAAGAAGACUUUGUGAGAGUCUUUGGAAUGAAGAGGGACGAUUUUGCCGCUCUCCCAACCUGGAAGCAGCUCCACCUGAAGAAAGAAAGAGGGCUUUUCUGAGGGGGAUGGGAGCGACGGCUUGCAAAGCUGGAGGAAGAGCCACCCAGACUUAGCUACAUUCAGCUUGAAACAGACCCCCACGUCCAGAAGCGUCUUAGCCCAACACAGGACAUGCUUUCAACCAUAUAUCAAAGUUAUGCCAAAUUAUGCUUUGAAAGUCUCCCCAUCUUCUGCUUCGAGGCAGCUACUGUCCAAAUUAAAGGGGAAAGGAGGAAUACAUUACCUGCCAUGGUCAGGACUGCUGGCGAAACCAGCCUGGAAGAAGUAGGCAGAAGCUUUGUAAUAGGCUUGCCAUCCUCCAGGUAGAGCCUGGAGAUCUCCUCGAAUGACAACUGAACUCCACAUUACAGAGAUCAGUUCCCCAGGCAAAAAUGGCCAUUUUGGAGAGCCCCUUUAUGAUUAAGGUCCCUUCCAAGGUUCCACUGCCCCCCUCAUCCCAUUCUGCCCUGGGAUGAGGCCUCUUCCAUGCAAAUAAGUAGCCCCCCAAUGACUGCUAGAAAUCUGCUAAAAAUGUGCUAGAAAUCCGAACCACAUGGAGGCCACAUAUGACUUUUUGGUUUGUGUAAACAGGGCCUGGGUUUAUGCAUUACAGGCAUUAAAACUGGCAUCGAUGUCAAAGAUAGCUUACUGCCUCCUACCAAGUGGCUAAAACCCCAGUGGACACAAAAGUCUACCCACCCCAGUCUGACUUCCAGUGGGAGCAAGGGGGACUGGAAGAAGUGUUUGAGCUAUUUGGAGGGGGGGGGAGUUUAAUGAAGAAGGAUGGCUUACACGUUUCCUAAUAAAAAAAUUAUGCUGCUCCUCUAGGUCCAUGCGAGGCUAAUCAUUUGGACAACUCUAAUCACAAUAAAGAGAGUAAA